CACGCAGCUGUAAAUUAUUGUAAGAUUUCAGCCUUUCUUACGCUUACUAAGUGUUGCACCAUAAAUCAUGCAGUUCGAUGUCCGGAGAUUAGAUAUUUAUCGUAAAGUUCCUAAAGAUUUAACUCAGCCUACAUUUACUGGAGCAGCCAUUUCUAUAUGCAGCAUUCUGUUCAUAAUAUUUUUAUUUGUAUCUGAGUUCAUGUUAUAUAUUACUGUUGAAAUAAAUAGUGAAUUAACUGUUGAGGAUCCUGUUAGACAUUCAGAAAAAAUACCAGUAUUUAUAAAUAUAACAUUACCUAAACUUGGUUGUGAAUAUGUUGGACUCGACAUUCAAGAUGAUAUGGGUCGACAUGAAGUUGGAUUCCGUGAUAACACGCAAAAAAUCGCAGUGGGCGAAGGUGGCUGUAGAUUUGAAUCUCAUUUCCUCAUAAACAAGGUGCCAGGAAAUUUCCAUGUGUCUACUCAUUCAGCUGAGAGUCAACCAAGACAGCCAGAUAUGACUCAUUUUAUUCAUAAAUUGCGUUUUGGAAUGGAUUUACAAGAAGGAAAGUAUAUAAAGGGUUCAUUUAAUUCAUUAGAAAAUGUUGAUAAAACAAAAUCAAAAGAUUUAGCAACACAUGAUUAUAUAGUAAAAGUUGUACCUACUGUAUAUGAAGAUAUUAAGGGGGGUGUACGAUAUCCUUAUCAAUACACCUAUUCUUAUAGAGAAGUGAUUCAGUUCCAUCAUGGAGGUCAAGCUAUGCCAGCUAUAUGGUUUAGAUAUGAUCUCAGUCCAAUAACAGUGAGACAUAAAGAAAGACGAAAACCAUUUUAUACCUUUUUAACAACUGUUUGUGCAAUUAUAGGAGGAACAUUUACAGUAGCUGGUAUAUUAGAUUCUUUUAUUUUCUCAGCAGCAGAAAUAUUUAAAAAGGCUGAACUAGGAAAAUUAUCAUGAUUUAGAUUUCUAGAAAAAGAUAGGUCCUAGUCUUUUGUAUUUUCCUGUCAGAAAAAGUACAUUCCAAUCUUUAUUACUUAUUCUUUUCCUUUCAUAAGCCUAGUAUUUUUCCAUUGCAUUCAUUUUAUUAAGAGUAGGAGAGAAAAUAUGUAUUAACAAACUGUAAAUUCUUGUUAAUACAGUAAAUUGAUCAUUCGGAACACAGAAUUUAACCCUAAUACAAAGAAAAUAUUGAAAUGCAAGUCUAAACAUUAUAUUAUUAUAAUGUUUACAAAAUAUUAUUGUAAACAAAGAAAGUUGAACAAUGAUUAUUGAGCAUGCUGAUAUUAUUUCUGUACCAAAUGGUUGUUGGAAUCAAAAUGUCCUUCCAGUUUAUUAGUAUGAAAUGACGCGAUUUUCAGAGCCAAUGUCUAAAGAACAUACAAGUAGAAAUUUCUAUUGUUUUGCAAUCAUCUAAGGGCAAAAGAAUUUAUACAAAUUCACAAGAUUUGUUUUUUAUGCUUGUAAAUAGCAAUAUUUAGUGGUUGAUGAAAGAAAGAUUCUUUUUGUUUUAUUCAGAAUUAAAAAUUUUCUGUUCUUGGAAAACAUAAUACAAAUCAAACUUAGAGGGUAUAUAUUUCAAAAGAAGGUUGAAAGUUGUUGAAGGUUACUGCUAAAACAUGCAGAAAAACCAAAACAAUUACACUUGAAUGCUGUGAUUUUAAUAAUUUUUGUUGACCUUUCAUUGUGUAUUUCUCAGAAUGUCAUAUAUUGAUACAAUAGUGAUACAGAUAAUACUGCUAAUAUUGAGCUCUUGAGAAUCCUAUUUGGUUAUCUGUUAAAUAAACUUCAGAUGUAGAAAUUUAGCAGUAUUUAUACUACCAUUAAUUGUUGUAUUAGUGUGGUACAUGAUUCAAAAUAUAUUCUUAUUAUAUUAAGAUCUCUCUUUUGUGAAAGAUUCUAACAAUCAAAAUAUUUUCCUAUAGAAAUCAAUCAUUUAUAAAGUUUUAUACAUGUCAAAAGACUAUUUUACUUUGCGAAAUUUUUUAAGCCUAAAUAUAACACUAUUUUUUACAGAAUUUUAAGUUGAAAAUGGUGAAAGACAGAAGAAAUGCAUUUGAUUACAAUGAAUGCUUUAUGAAUAAUGAAUAAAAUAUAGAUCAGUUGCAAAUUUAGAUAAAAGUAAAUAUUUUAUAUUUUGAGGGAGGAUAAAUACUCAUUGUUGGUGAUGGAUAGUUUUUAUAUGUUUAAAAAAGAUAUUGUUUUGUUUUUGAUUAUUAUCUUGAAUAAAGAGUUGAAGAUAU